AUGAACGCGAUACUGUACAUUACAGUCGCGGCAUGCACGCUUGUUGCGUGCGGGUUCGGAGAUGGAGGCGAAAUGCAGUUGGCUGAGAAAGAUUUAGGAUAUACUGCGGUUUGCUCUGACGAAAUCAAGCAGCAGUUCGCCACUCUGUCCGACGAAGAAAAAAGUCGAGAACUACAAAAGUUACAAGCACAGAACACAUCGGCACUGCUAAUGAUGAACUUCAUGAGCGAAUACGUGAACUGGGAUGAAUUUCUCUACGACUUACCAAUAGUGGUCACUGAACUCGGCGAACUGAUGUUGUUCUCGAAUAAGCGUGACUUCACACUGUACAGAGAUAACUUCACCUAUCACUAUAUUCAAAGACCU